AUAACAUUGAAUCACUAAGAAAUUAGAUUCAAUAAUUACAAUUAGACCUCACUAAAUAGAAAUAGAACAUUAUUAGCAAAAUUUAUGGAAAUCGUAGUUUUGAAACAACUCCUAAUGUAAAUUAAGAGGAAGGCUACAAAACAUCACUAUUUUCUAAUAAAAUAUCAUUAAGAAAAGAUACACAAUUACAUUAAGAUUGGAAUAUCUACAAAUCUAAAUAAACUGAAAAUGAUAAGUUAUAACUCUAAGAUCAAUUAUGUUAAUUGGAGAAUGAAAAAAAGAAAAAAUUAGAUUAGCUUUUUCAGGGUAUUGAGUGCCGACCUAUUACGAGAAUACCAACUUAAGAAGUAGUAAGUCAAUGACGAAUUUAAUGCAAAGAUUAAACAUGUUUAAACUGAACUUCAAAAACAAGAUUAAUUAGAUAGUAUAUUAUAAAUAUAAUUAUAGAAUCAUCAUUAGAAUAAGAGUAAUAAAAGAAAUUAGUGAGUAGUUUUCGUAAAAAUUGUACUUAUUCAUAUUAAUCUUAUAAGCAAAUAAGGAGAAAAUGAAGGUUCGUUUCUAAGGUGAUUACUAUGUUAGAGCAAGAACAGAACAUUGA